UUUUAUUAUAAUUGGUCCUAGAGAGAGAAAGUCUCCCAUUUAUAGAGUUAAAUUUCAAGAAUCGUGGUGUAAAGAGAGAGACUGAAAAGGCACCGAAUUAAAUAAAAAGGGGAUUUUGGAGAGAGAGAAUCCAGAGAGUUGAAAAAUUAAAAAAAUAAAUAGAUAGGGAAAGAGAGAGAGAGAGAGAGUACUGAGGGGGGGAGCCCCAAAAAAUCAAGUAUUUAAAGGGGCACCAUGAUAACACUACUUCAAUCUCUGCAAUGAUGAACUACUCACUAUCCUAACGAUCCUUUUUGGUCUAGUUUCUCAAACUUGGAAAAUUUUGAUUUCUUUGCUUCAAAUACACGUUUUAUAUCUAUUUAUAUAUUAUUUGCGGCCGAUUUAACCCUUCCAUCCUCUUCCUCUGCUAUAUAUAUUAAACACCCAGUCUCUGCUCCAAAACUGUCUACCAUAGCAAACUAGUUUCAAUCGUAUAUUGCUGUAAUAGUUAUAUAUCAAUAUAUAUAGAGAGAGAGUGGAAGAAGAUGGUGGAGGAGGGUGUGGCAGUGGUGUUGGUUAGAGAGUUUGAUCAUGAACAGGAUAGCAGAGGGGUGGAAGAUGUAGAGAGAAGGUGUGAGGUUGGGCCCAGCGGCAAGCUGUCUCUCUUCACUGACCUUUUGGGUGACCCAAUUUGCAGGGUCCGACACUCACCGGCCUAUCUCAUGCUGGUAGCUGAGUUGGUGGUGGGUAAUGGAGAUAAAGAGGAGAGAGAAAUAGUGGGGAUGAUAAGAGGUUGCAUCAAAACCGUUACGUGUGGCAAGAAGCUCUCCAGAAAUGGAAAGAACGGCCACCAUCUCACCAAACCCCUCCCUGUCUACACUAAACUCGCCUAUAUCUUAGGCCUUCGCGUCUCUCCUUCUCAUCGGCGAAUGGGAAUAGGGUUGAAGCUGGUGUGUCGAAUGGAGGAGUGGUUCAGAGAAAAUGGUGUCGAGUAUUCGUACAUAGCCACGGAAAACGACAACCAACCUUCCGUUAAUCUCUUCACGGACAAAUGUUCUUAUUCCAAAUUCCGUACACCCUCAAUCCUGGUCCAGCCCGUGUUUGCUCACCGAGUCCGAGUCUCCAAACGAGUCGCCGUCAUCAAACUCACCCCCUUCGAUGCCGAGUUCCUCUACCGACACCGCUUCUCCACCACCGAGUUCUUUCCCCGAGACAUUGACUCAAUCUUGAACAACAAACUCAACUUGGGUACAUUUGUGGCCGUUCCACACGGCACGUACUCGGCCGAGUCAUGGCCUGGCUCGGCCAAAUUCCUGGCGAACCCGCCCGAGUCGUGGGCUGUACUCAGCGUUUGGAACUGCAAGGACGUGUUCAGUCUCGAGGUCCGGGGCGCGUCGCGAGUGAGGAAGGGUUUUGCGAAGACGACUCGGUUGGUGGACCGGGCCUUGCCGUGGCUGCAAUUGCCGUCUGUGCCUGAGGUGUUUAGGCCCUUUGGGCUUCACUUCUUGUAUGGGCUUGGCGGCGAAGGCCCAUUGUCUGUGAAGCUCGUGAAGGCCCUGUGUGGCUUCGCCCAUAACUUGGCGAAAGAGUGCGGUUGUGGGGUGGUGGCGACGGAGGUGUCGAGCAGCGAGCCGCUCAGGUUAGGGAUCCCACACUGGAAGAUGCUAUCGUGCGCGGAGGAUCUAUGGUGCAUCAAGAGACUUGGGGAGGACUACAGUGACGGGUCUGUCGGUGACUGGACAAAGUCACCACCUGGACUGUCAAUCUUUGUUGAUCCCAGAGAGUUCUAAUAUCCGAUUCCGAUAUGGAUCUGUUUGCCUAAAAAAAAGAAUCUAAUCCGGAAGUUGAUUAAAAAAAGCAUAGAAAAGACAAGGAAAAAGUUAUAUCCCUUUUAUGUUUUUCGGGUUUAACUUUUGCUCGAUUAGGGUUUAACGAUUUUGAGUAGAAGUGGAGAAGAUAUGGGUUUUUUAUUUUAUUUUUUUAAAUUUCAUUUUGGGUGGUGUUAUCAAGGGAAUAUCCCUACUUUUACUUUAUUUUUGUAAAUGCAUAUAUGGCUUUUUAGAUCCUCUUGCAGCCAAACGGAGGCCUUGUUUUUUCCAUGUGGGGUUGGGUCAUCUUUAUUUGUUUUUUAUUUUUUUAUUUUUAUUUUUUUUUCAUCAAAGUGUCUCAAAACUGUUCUGAUAGGGAUUAUACAUGUUUGUGUGUGUACCA